GGUGGCAUGAUUGAUCGUGAAAAGCCACGGUCAGGAAUAUGAUUCCUAACGCACGCAGGAAAAGGAGAGUGAAAAGUUGUUGUCUUCAGAUUAGUCAAAAAGCAACAUCACCACUAUUUCCUAUAAGUCAAGAAACUGCAGACAUACAAAGCUGUCAAUUAAGUUGUCAUGGAUGCUUCAUCUUCAAAAGGUGAAGUUAUAAAGCCGGUGCUGCUCAAAGCUGGUAUUCCUUUGGCUCUCUCUGUGGCUGCUUUUAUUUAUGCUAGGAUCAUGGCAAAAAAAUGUGCACCUUCUCAAUCUUCAGCUUUACAGAAUAGGGUGAGUUCUAUCAAAACUGAUUCUUUUGAAGAGGUGGGAGAGGAGGAAGAAGGUGAAGAGAUCAUCACAAGUAUGCAUUUGACAAAUAAUUUAGUGGGAGUUUCAGGGUAUCAUGAUAAGACUGAUUAUACGCUAGAGAUUUUAAGCCUAAGAAAACAAGUCGAAGAAUUGGAAAAGAGAGAGUGGGAGAUAAAGAGGCAUCUUGUUCAUUAUCAUGAUUUGAAAGAGCAGGAAUCUGUGCUUAUGGAGAUUAAAUAUAUGUUGUUGUUGGAGAAAGGUCGCGUUGAUUUGUUGGAUAGAGAGAUUUCAUCCUUGGAGGCAGAGAACAAAAGGGUUGAGAAUUUGGUGGUUGAGUAUUUGAGAAUACUAGAGCAGCUUCAAUAUUGGAAAUCUGAAAGUGGGUUGCUUCGACGGAAGGUAAAGAAACUUUUGAAGAAAACUAAAGAGCAAUCAUGUAUCAUAAAGGGGAAGAACUUGAGGAUUGAAUCUACAAAAGAAGAAAUAUUACGAAGCCGGAACACACUAGAACAAAAAUGUAAUGUUAUCAGGAAAUUGCAAGAUGAAAUGGGAGAAUUGCAGUUUGUUAUACAUCAAUUGCAGGAACAAAAGAAUGAAUUGUCCAGCAAGUUACAAUUGGCAGAGCAUUCAGGUUCAACAAUCUCAAAGAUUGAAGAUGAAGGAAUAACAAUGGAAGACUACAAACUGCGUGUAGCUGAAUAUGAACAACUUCAAAAGGAUCGAGAGGCUGAAGUAAAAGAAUUGAUUUACUUAAGAUGGACUAAUGCUUGCUUAACACAUGGAUUAAUGAAGCAUCACGGAAAGGCCGCACAAGAGCAAGAACAAAAUCAAGAGAAGAAAAAUGUCAUGGAGUUAGAAAUUGAAGGAUGUGGAGGAAUUGGAGAUUAUGACAUGGAGCAUCACUCGGUUUUAGAGCAAAGUAGGCCUUGCUUAAAUGUGGAAAAUGGUAGUAGUGAAGGCGGUUCAAAAAGGCCAAAGUUGCUGCAGAAGCUUAAAAGAUGGGUGGAGGGAAGUGAGAAAAUGAAAUCCAAGUAUGAUGAGAAGGAGAAGCAUGCAAUUAAGUGCUUUGAGAGGCAUUCCCAUUCGGUUUGUGAUGAACCAGACGUAGAGCAUGUAAAUCUUGCAAGGAAGUCAUGUUCCAGUGCAUGACCAUUUAUGUAAGAAUGUUCCAGUGCAUGACCAUUUAUGUAAGAGCUUCUGAUGCUGCCUCAUUAAGUAUUAACAAGUUUGCUUUGAUGCUGUGUAAUAUUUUAUAUGAUAAAUAAGACUAACAUCACUGAGUAAAUUGAGUCACCA